UUCAUUCCGACACGCACGUGGGUGUGCGGUCAGACAUCUGAGCGCGCGCUCUGAUAUUACUGACCGCACAUUACCUGGCUCGCGCGCGCGCCUGUGUGGUAAAUGUGUGUGUUUUUUCUUCAGAGGAGGUGAUAAAGCCACACACACACACGCGGAUAUUUUUAGAGAUGGCGAUCAAAGAAGUCUAACAUCGCAAAGAAAUUCAGCUUUUAAUCAAUCCAUCUGUUCGGUGUGAAUUAUGGAUGCUCUCGUGUGUGUGGUGUGGAGUCUGGUCCUGCUGAUGAACACACCGAGUCUCAAAGCUGAGUCGUCUACGUCCGUCCCAGCCUCGUCCACCGUGUCUCCAAACGACGCCGUCGACCUCUUCGUGACCUCAAGGACGUCUGACCCCAAAGAACCCAUUAGGAUGGACCUCUCUCGUCCCCCAUCUGCACCACAGCAGAUCAGCAGCACUAGCACAGAUGCAGACAAAGCACGAGGUGCAUCCAGUGCCUCCCUUCCUACCUCGACUCCCAUCAUGACCAUAAUUACGGACUCUAAAGAGCCCAAAACAGACGCUACCGUCAGGACGGACGCCGUUUGGCCUCAAGAAAGCAUCACUAGUCCUAAGAUGUCAACAACAAACACGACAGAAGGUUCUUCAGAUCUCACUCCACUGAGGAGCACCACCAUUACACCAGGAUCACCCAUCCCUACAUCUACCGAUCUCAGCGAAGAACAUCAAAACUCUUCUCUAUCCACCACCUCUGAGACAACCCCAACGGUAUAUUUAAUCCCACCUUCUAUUCCACCUUCUACUCUGAGAGACCUGAUCACUGGACCUGCUUCUUUAGAGAAAGAGAACCAGAAUGGACCAUCAGAACUAGAUGUUGGAGAUGAAGACUCAGACAAAGUGCCGUCUCCUUCACCAUUGGAUCCUUUGCUUGCUGGCCUGAUCUCCAUCUUCAUCAUUAGCACCGCUCUGCUCUCCAUCAUACUCUUCCUUAAAUUUCGCCAGCAAAGCGGCCAUCCUGAAUUCCACAGACUGCAAGACCUUCCCAUGGAUGAUCUCUUGGAGGACACGCCAUUGUCAAGAUAUUCAUACUAAAGAGGUUCCUGUGGUUCCUCGAACCAGGCUGAUGAAACUGCUUAUGGUGAGAUAUCAUGGGAACCAAACCAGCUCGAGAUACAAUUUGUUGGUUUUGUCAACAUUUUUAAAGAAUGGCAGUGAGGGAAAGGAUAUGUAGAACAUAAGACUGAACAAAACAUCGCCGUUACAGAGAUUUCUAGUCGAAUCGAUGCCAAGCGGCUUGCUUUGGUUCGACAUCUUAGUAAAAUAUCUGUUAGGUGAUGUUGUUUGGAGGAAAUCUGUAGUGCUUAUGAUAAUUUUUUCAGUUUUGUUUUGUUUGUUCUCUUCAGACCUGAACAAGAGAUUACGCUAAGCCAGUAAUUUAGCAUCUCAAAAGCUAACAGGUUUUCGUGCAAAAGUGGGCUGUAACUAGUACUUUGUAAAUACUAUUAAAUUUAGCAGUGAAUUAUGUUUUUAUUUUUAUUUUUUUGCAAAUAUGUUUGUAAUGUAACAUACCCACGUUUUUGUUUCUGCUUCUGUUUGUACCUAUUGUGUCAAUUCUAUUUAUUAUUGUACCAUUGAGUGCUUAGAAGAGUCCAAGUUGUGUGCAAAAGUUUACAUCCCCAUAGUUUUUUGAAUGAGAAAACAAAUCUUUUAAUUUUACAAAAAAAAAGGAGGAAAUUUCAAAACAUUCAAAUUUUAUAAACAGAAAUAAAAAGAAAAUUUUUUUGUUGUUAUUAAAUUUGUUUUAUGUUAUUGUAGGAUUAUUGCUUUUUUUUG